GCAGUAAAAUGGCGUAGCCCUUUCACUGGGAGAGUCAAUACGAGAGACAGAAGAUGCGUGCGCGAUAUGACUGAGACGUUCUGCAUAAUUCUAACAUAAUAAACGCGAAACAGGAUCGAUUAAACUAACAAAAGACAAUUAUUUGCUUCUCCCGCGACAACUCUACAUCGAGUGUCUGAUGAGAUUCCGGUGAUACGUUUCCAGCAGCGUGAUCGCAAUGGCGGACGAUUCCGUUCCGCUGCCGAAGAGGCGCCAAUUGCGCGAGAGAACUAGAAAAUUGUAUACGGACGACUGGACCAUAGGCGACGAGGAGAUCGAGGGUCGCAGAACCUUCCAGCUCGACGAGAAGAUUGAGUGCGAUCGAUAUGACCUGAGCAAGUUUAAUGGUCUGUUUCGUGAGAUGAACGGAUCGGAGUUUAAUCUGUCGUUUCUGCAAAAGUACGGUCUCCAAAUUCCGAUCCUGUUUAGAGAAAAGUCAGGAUUAGGAUUGAGAGUGCCCAGCACCAACUUCACUGUAAAUGAUGUCAGAACUUGUGUUGGUUCUAAGAGAAUACUGGAUGUUAUGGAUGUCAAUACUCAGAAGAAUGAAGAUAUGACCAUGAAGGAGUGGCAGAAAUAUUACGAGGAUCCAAAUAAGGAACGUCUGCUGAAUGUGAUCUCUUUAGAGUUUAGUCAUACUAAGUUAGAGAACUAUGUGCAGUCACCUGCACUGGUGCGGCAAGUUGAUUGGGUGGACACUGUAUGGCCGAGGCACUUGAAAGAAGCACAAGUAGAAUCUACAAAUCUACUAGAGGAUAUGAUGUAUCCAAAAGUGCAGAAGUACUGUCUGAUGUCGGUAAAGGGUUGUUAUACCGACUUUCAUGUAGAUUUUGGUGGCACAAGUGUGUGGUAUCAUAUACUACGUGGUGGCAAAAUUUUCUGGCUGAUUCCACCUACUGACAAGAAUUUGACUCUCUAUCAAGAAUGGGUAUUGAGUGGGAAACAGUCGGAUGUAUUUUUUGGUGAUAUGGUAGACAGGUGUGGCAGGAUAAGUCUAACAGCUGGUAUGACGUUAUUCAUACCAACAGGCUGGAUACAUGCAGUGUAUACUCCGCAAGAUUCUUUAGUUUUUGGUGGAAACUUUCUACAUAGUUUCGGUAUAGAAAAACAGUUGAAAGUAGCACAGGUGGAGGAACAUACAAAAGUGCCGCAGAAAUUUCGAUACCCAUUCUUCACAGAAAUGUUAUGGUACGUACUCGAAAGGUACGUAAACGUGCUGUUGGGUAAAAGUCACUUGGAAAUAUCGGAGUCGCAGAAACAGCAUUCAGCUCCGCAGCACUCUCAGCAUGUACAUAUCACGCCUUUUGAGUUGCAUGGCUUGAAAGCAAUUGUUAUGUAUUUACAUUCACUGCCGUCGACGAAGAAAAACGUUCCGGAUUUGAUACGUGAUCCAGUUGCUCUCAUUCACGAUGUUCGGUGUUUGGUAGAGAAACACAGGCAUGAUAAUCCUGAUGCUGCCGUGACCGGAAAUCCUGUACUACCUCCACCGCCGCCUAUGUCUCUUGUUGACAGAGAACGUUUGAGAACGACGAGAAAAGGUUACGUGAAAAUACAGAGGCAUCACUCGGAGAAGGCCGAGAGAGCGUUCCCGCGCAGGCGACGCACUAGAUGUAAGAAAUGCGAAGCAUGUACGAGACAAGACUGCCGAGAAUGCGUGUACUGUCAAGAUAUGGUGAAAUUUGGCGGCAGUGGUCGCGCUAAACAAACGUGUCUUAUGCGCCAAUGUUUGAGGCCUAUGUUGCCUGUCACAUCGUCCUGCAAAGUCUGUCAGUUAGACGGCUGGGGACAACCACCGACACCGCUAACAGGUAGAUGUGUUCCUUCGGCAGCGUCCUCUUUAGUGGAGUGUUCAGUAUGCUUCGAUAUUGUGCAUCCAGAGUGUAUAGGUUUGAAUUCCAAGGAGAUAACAGUAAACGACGAUCUGCCAAAUAGUUGGGAGUGCCCGGAGUGCUGUGAACGAGGUCGUAACUUGGAUUAUAGGCCGCGUCAGCCAAAAGGGCGUGCGCGAAAGUUGUCAGUAUCCAGUGCAAGUUCCUCAGCACCUACCACGGAUUCCGAACGGGCUAUGACGCCGAGCAAAAGAACUAGACUUGAUCCUAAUGAGGCGUGGAACGACUCCCCUGGAGAACCAGCUGAGGGCGAGCAGCGAAUGACUCAGCAGCGCACUCAAUUAGCCAUGCAGUUGAUUGCCUCGAGUAGCAGGUCCCUAGUUAAGCCGCACGUGGUGGUCAGGCCGGCGCCUCCUCCGCCCGUCGAAGAAACCGACGGAGACGAGCAGAAUCCUGUAUACAACAAGACGGUGAUGCUCGCGGUGUUUCGAUUCCUCGGUCAGAAAGAUCUGCUCAAUUGCGGCGUAAUCUGUCGCACCUGGUCGAGAUACAGUAUAGACCCCAGUUUGUGGAAAAGACUCGAUAUGUCGCACUACAAUAUCACGUCUAUACAACUGACCGCCAUUGUACGACGGCAACCCGAGAAUCUCGUGUUAGACUGGAGCAACAUCAACAACAAGCAGUUGGCUUGGCUGCUGAGUAGAUUACCGCAAUUACGAAUGUUGUCUCUUCAGGGUUGCAAUUGCGCCAUUAUUCGUGCUCUUAAGAGCUGCAGUUGUCCGCCUCUGGAAACGCUGAAUCUGAAUUACAUCACGUUGGACGACGCUGCCUUGCAAGAGGUUCUGGAUUCACCAACGGACUCAAGACCCGGUCUUAUCGAUAAAACUUCGCGACUCAAGCACCUUAAGAACUUGUCCCUCGCGAAUUGCAGUCUCUCGGAUCAAGGCAUCAAGUACAUUGUUCAGCAUUUGUUGGAUCUCGAAGUUUUGGACCUCUCCUCAGUUGGCAGGCUUACUGAUGCCGGCGUGGCGCAUUUGACGUCGCUGCAGAAAUUGACGUCAUUGAACUUGACCAAUUGCAAGCUGAUCACGGAAACGGCUCUCGAUCAUCUCGCGAGAUGCGAGCUUUUGAAGCAUCUGGAUCUGCGGCAUACGUCACAAGUGUCAACGCAAGCCGUUAUUAAGUUCGCUGCCAAGAGCGAGCACAACCUGCACGUGGUGGACGUUAAGUUGGUGGAAGAGAAGAAGGUGAAAAUUGAGAAGGUGAAGAUGGAAGUGAUGGACACGUGAAAACAGAACAUAACGCUCGGGCGCGGAUUCAUUAUUCAGUGCAACUCGAUUUAUCGUCGCGUAGAGACAUUCAUUCAAUGGACAGCUAGAGCCGUAAUAGUGCAAGCAGCAGUUAUUUAUUUUACACAAGAGAUUCUAUAUGGACAUUGUUACAACAUGUGCAUCCUUAGGCUAACGACAGAACGAACCUGACUAGUAUUAGGAUUUCUAUUCGGAUAGCAUCAGUUUUUAUUGAGAUAACCCAGAGCAAUUUCUUCGCGACUUGUGUUCUUCUUUAUUUCUUUUUAUUACAGACGUUUUAUUGGUCUACAGAUCGCGUUCGGCAAAAUUGAAAUUCCAUUGCGCAACUGUUCGCGAUUAUCGAUUGUUUCACUCACAAGUAUGGACGUUUAUGAAGUUGCACCUUUUAUUGUUAAGAUAAUCUUGAAACAUUAUUGGUGCAACUUAUAAAGACUUUAGUCUAGAAACUGAGAGUCCAAAGAGUCGAAAGCUAUCACAAACCGCAGCUCAGUUGUGUUCUGCCGAACGCGGACCGUACUCGCUAACUGAUCAAAUAAUCUUCAGCAACGCGUUAUGUCUGAAAUCACUAACUUAUUUUCGUCACAUUUAUAUGUUUCUCAUUGAAUUUUUUGUUCAGGCAUUCGUCUUCUAAACUUGUGUAAAAAAAAUAGUGUAAAAUAUCACGAUAACAACAAAUUCUUGAUAUUAUUUUUUUUUAUUUUGUACAUUUUACAAAGAAAAGCAAAACGCUUUAUUUUAAUGCUCUUCGAGUAAAAUUAGAUUGUAUUUACCAACAUCUUAAAAAAAAAUAUACGAAAGACGAUAUAUAUAUAUAUAUAUUAUAGACUGAUUCACGAUUUUCGAUGUUCUCUUUUACAUCAAGUAUUUACGAACAAUGGCAAUCAUGUACGUUCCUCUUUGUUUUUUUUAGAUGUAUUGAAUAUCUAAAAAAAUUUUAUUUUCUCCGGGUGUUGUCAUAAAGUGUGAAAACAGUCUCUUUGUUCGAAUUGAAUCGCGUGAAUCAUCCUAUAUAGAAAUUGUUGGAUUAUUAUACAUGAACAGUAUUUUCGCAUGGGUUGUGACGAUAGUGGAAAGUGCUCAGAAAUAGGUAUCUUCUAUGACACUCUGUCUGAACACAAAAGCACACUCGGAAACCUCGAAGGAACGUCUUCGCGUGAGGAGUUCUUCUCGCGAUCGUACAUAUUAAUCCACAGAACGAGAGCGCCGCCAAAAAUACAACAUAUACACAUAUGCAGUCGACUACAUUAUUUCGCUAACGUAAGUGAUCUCUACGUGUUAACGAUACACUACAUGUACAUGUCUCGAAUUUUACUUUUCGACACAAUAAGAUGUUAUUUCGGUAUAAGCAACCGUGGUUUGCAACAAAAAUCAAACCGCUGAUGUACAUACCUGCUUUUUAUAUCAUGCAUGUCUCUCUCUUUCUCUUUCUCUUUCUUUCUUUCUAUUUCAAUUCUCUUCUCUCUCGUUUUCCAUCCGCGUUCUUUCUCUUUUCCGUUUCUCUUGUUCUCUUCGAGCAUUAUACUAUGUAUGUAUAAGGAGUGAAUUUUAUAUACGUGUGUGAGAAAAAAAACACCAGUGAAACAUGAUAAGUCGUGUAUCAAUCUUUGCAGUGCGGAUCUUUAAAAAACAAAAUAUCGUUCGAUUUUUUCACUGUAUAUUUCGAUUUGUCAAGUAAGAAAUUUGUUUUCUGUGCGAAUUGCGGCGCAAUUGCAGAUUCACAACAUUGCGUGCUACAGCAUGCGUUGCAGUAUUUCGAAAGUGAUUUGCAAUAGCGAGUUUUCCGCAACUUUCUUUAUUUAUGUUGAAAAGAUAUUUGUACUUGUCAGUAUCGAACGUGAAUCACGUGAUUUUUUUACGUAACUUGAUUUCCUCGCGAAGUUUAAGAUAAGAAUGAAGUUCGUGCAUAUAAUUGUAUAAUACAUGUAAUCUACAAUCAGCGCAAUUGCGAUCUCUAAUUUCCAAAUAUAAUUUUGAUUUUCAAAAAAGUCUCUCCGAUUGUUUCCUCCAUACCGUUCCUCCAUAAUUUAAACAAAACCGAGUAUGGAAGAAAAAUUAACCAAAUGUAAAAUAUUUAACAGUUUUAAUACCAGAACUUUGUUCUUUCGAGAAAAGCGGAAUCUUGGAAACGCUUGAAAACGAAAUUAUAAUUCUCAUUAUUCCGAACUUCUGUGUAGAAACAAGCAUAGAAAAUGUUUGUAUAAUUUUUUACACGUGUGAGUAACAAAUAUUUGAUUAAAAAAUUUAUAUCAUACAAAAUUGGGAAAUUGUAAAAACGUGAUACAUAUAAUUUUGCAACCAAAACGAUUUGGCGAAAAAACUUUCUGUUAAAUGGAGAUCGAUGUCCAUUACUUGCGAUUGCGUAUUCAAAAUCUAUUCAAUGUCAGUCUCAUCCAACGUAGAUAAAAUCUUUUCUGAAAUGAGAAAAGGGGUAUUUCUUUAAUUUGCAAUUAAAUGAUGCACAAAUGUGCGGGGCAACGAUUCGUAAAUUACGCUCUCAAUCAGCGUAAUUCGAAUUGCAAACAUUCUGCAACCUGCUCGACCUGAAAACAACAAAUUUCGAUGUCGCAGAGCGUUCAGACGAUGACAAAAUGACAUUGCUGUACCUGCAAUAGGUCAAGCGAACAAAAAGAAAAUAUAAUGAAAAUCUCAAUGAGAUCGGCAUAAAGCAUCUGAGAAGUUUGAAAAGCUAGAUUAUGUACGCAAAACUUAUCCACUUCAAGUUACAGGGAUAGGUAAAUUUCAAGUUUAUAUGUUUGGAUGAUUGCUUAUCGACAUAUUUAUAUAUAAAACAAAUAGUUAUUAAAAUUAUUUAAUUAUAAGAAGAGUAAAUUGGAUGAAAAUGAAUUUGUUCUGAUCGAGAAGUCGUGAGUUCGAGUUCACUUGAAUGAAUCUAUAUAUGUUCUUUGAAAGCUUGUGGAGCAUUUAUUAAAAUAACUCAUUUUUUUCAAUAACCUAUCACGAACAGCGCACUCUCUGAUCAACAGGAAAUUUAUUUAAAAAUAUUUUACACCUUGACAGUAAAAAGGGGAACGCUAGUUUUUCCAUCGCAAAAUAUCGAACUUUUAUUCCAAAGGAAUAUCAUGCUGGUCUUUAUUUUGUGCCAAUUAUUUUUUUUUUUUUUUUUUUGUUCCGAGAGAGUUAUAAUUACCCGUCGAAUAGCGUAAAAAAAAA